GGGGCUACGGCCAAAACUGCAAGGUGUUUGAAUCGCCUUUAAGAGCGCUGGCUGGGAUUACAGCCCCUUUCGAAACUCAGUCAUUGAGGUGACUUAAAAUAAUCAUCUUCUUUCCAGAUAGCGCCUGGUGCCGAGAGCUUCCCUCCUUCCCCCACGUCCUCGCGCGCUCGAACAUCUCCGUUCGGCCUCAUUUUUGUGCUUCGGUGGUGCCCGCACAGCCCAAAUUAGCAGCGAGGAUUCCACGGACGGGGGCCGCCGCCUCCCUCGGCUCCCAGAUAUAUGUUGGGGAAAGGAGGAAAGCGGAAGUUUGACGAGCAUGAAGAUGGGUUGGAAGGCAAAGUGGUGUCUCCCACUGACGGUCCCUCUAAGGUGUCUUACACCUUACAGCGUCAGACUAUCUUCAACAUUUCCCUUAUGAAACUUUAUAACCACAGGCCAUUAACCGAGCCAAGCUUGCAAAAGACAGUUUUAAUUAACAACAUGUUGAGGCGAAUCCAGGAAGAACUCAAACAAGAAGGCAGCUUGAGGCCCAUGUUCGUGGCGGCUUCGCAGCCUGCCGACCCUCUCAGCGACAACUUCCGCGAGGCGCAGCCGGCGUUCAGCCACCUGGCCUCGCCGCCCCUGCUCCCCGCCGACUUGGUAAGCACUAUGCCCCUGGAGUCCUGCCUCACCCCGGCCUCCCUGCUCGAGGACGACACGUUUUGCACUUCCCCGGCUGUCCAGCACGAUGGUCCCACGAAGCCACCACCUCCUGCUCUCCACCCAGUAAAGGACAGCUUCUCCUCAGCCUUGGACGAAAUCGAGGAGCUUUGUCCAGCACCUACCUCCGCAGAGGCAGCAGCAGCGGAAUCAGCAGCCGACGACUCUAAAGCCCAGCCCAGCGAGUCCAACAUUCACAAGCCCGAGGGCCUCCCGGAGAGCAGAACGGCUGAAUCCAAACUCAUGGACCCCCUGCCUGGCAACUUUGAGAUAACAGCUUCCACAGGUUUCCUCACAGACUUGACCCUGGAUGACAUUCUGUUCGCUGACAUUGAUACGUCCAUGUAUGAUUUUGACCCCUGCACGUCUGCCACAGGGGCUGCCUCAAAAAUGGCUCCUGUCUCAGCAGAUGAGCUCCUAAAAACUCUCGCUCCAUACAGCAGUCAACCAGUAACUCCAAAUCAGCCUUUCAAAAUGGAUCUCACAGAACUGGAUCACAUCAUGGAGGUGCUUGUUGGGUCUUAAAAAUAUUAGAAAUAUAGCAACUUUUUUGUUGGGUUUGUUUUUUUUGUUUUGUUUUGUUUGUUUUUUUUUAAUUUUAAGUACCAGUAUAUACACUUGGUAGUAUUUCCAUAGUCCCUUCCAGCCCCGAUUCACAGCACUGUGCAUGCAUCCUUGCUUGCCUUUUUUGAAAAGAAAAGGAUCACACUAGUUUUUGCUUCGAGCAGAGUUGGAGUGCCUUCAUCCAUGUAUGACCACUUCAAAUGUAUUUUUUUUAAAGUGGUUCCUCAAGGAAGACCGAAUAUCCUGGUAUAGGAAAGAAUAUGUAUUGUAGACAAUGUUAUGUUAUUACAAAAAAAAAGAAAAAAGUUUUAAAAAAAGGUAAAAGCUAAGCACAAGGAUUAUGUUGGGGAAAGCUGUAAAUUGCAUGUGCAUACUUGUCUAUUUUUUCUAUAAGUUUUAUUGCAAGAGGUAAAAAAUUUUAUUAUUUAGAUAAUCUCAAUACCAUUUUAGCCCUGUAUAGGUUGACUUUAGCAAUUCAGCCUUUUGGAGGCAUUAACCUGCUCCUCUUUAAGUGUUGCAUUUACAUGGCUGUUUAGAAACUGCUGCCCAAAUUUAUUUUAUAUUUUUGUACAGAUUCUGCAGUUUAUGGUAUUGUUUUUUCUAAAAACAAAUGCUGUUUAUACACACAAAAAAUAGCUAUUUUGAUAGGAUUUGCUCACAUAGUUCCUGCAUAAUUCAGAUGUACAAGAACCACUUGUACUUUUAUACAGAGUUGUAAUGUUUUAUAUGUGUAUGGUGCAAAGAGAAAAUUGGAUCAAAUAAGCCUGCAGUCGGUUUCCCUGAAUGCAAACAAAAAAAAAAAAAGUGCUUUAAGAAAGGGCUGGGAGCUGCUUCUGUCGGAGUUUCACAAGUGUUUGCUCCCUGCUGUACCCACUGCGCACUACUGUGAUUCCUGAAACUUAGAGCCAUGUCCUUUCCAACACGUACGUGAAGCAGUUGGCAGGAAACGGUUGUGGAACUUCACGCCCGGAGGUCCCGGGCGCUGUCCCCAGGCCCCGUCCCGGCUCCCGGUCCCGCCUGCCGGGGAGCCCGGAGCCGGCGGAGAUCGGCCCCUCCCGACCCGGAGCUCCUGGGAAUGGCGUGGGGAGCGACGUGCAGAGCCAGCCUCCUGCGGGAUCCCCCUGACUGACGGCAGAGCGGGGCUGGGAGCGCCCGCUCGCCCUUUCUUGCAGCAUUUCUCCUCCCCUCUCCCACCUCACUGUGCUAAGUGCUGAAAAAGGCAGCUUCAGUAUUACUGCAGUGAAGCUCAUCUCGUACCUGCACUGGAUGGACUCGCUUUGAUAUCCAUUGCUGUUGAAACUGGAGCCAGUCGCGUGACAUCACUUGGCAUCUCGUAUAGAGUUGGGUUCUUGUAUCAACUGUGUUACCUGCUUUACACUUUAUAGACCCGUUUUACAAGGAGUAUACAGACACAGCUUUCUAUGCAUGGUCCCCUCCCCCGUAACACCUGAGAAGUCUUCUUACUGCACCAAUAGCUUUUUUUUUUUUUUUUCCUAAGUUCGUUGUGGUGUACAUUUAAUUUAAAAAGAAGAAAAUGUUUGCAAUGUAUCAUGCCUAUUGCUGAAGUUGCUAUGGCAUUUUAGUUUUCCAAUGGUACUUUAGUUGUUGAGUGCCGGUUACAACCUAUA